AUGAUUCGGUUCCUGGUGUGUGUCCUGUGCUUUUUUCUGACCACCUCAGGGAAGUCCAUACAAUUGGACGAGGAGAACCCGGAGUUUUGGAGAACUCAGGCUCAGGCUACACUGAACGCGGCUCUCACAAGGCAAUUCAACGCUAAUGUAGCCAAAAAUAUUGUUCUGUUCCUCGGAGAUGGAAUGGGCAUCACCACAAUCACAGCUGCUCGCAUACUGAAAGGCCAACUGGAGCAACGUCAAGGAGAGGAGACCGUCAUGACCAUGGACACCUUCCCUUACGUUAGUCUCGCUAAGGUGUACACAGUAGAUUUUCAGAUCCCAGACAGCGGAGCGACAGCGACAGCCUAUCUGUGUGGUGUGAAGACGAAUCUGAAUAUUGUGGGUUUAAGUGCUGCUGGGCGGAAUGGUGUGUGUCGCUCACAGACAGGAAAUGAGGUCACAUCCAUCCUCAAAUGGGCUAAAGAUGCAGGGAAGUCAGUUGGCAUAGUAACGACGACGCGUGUCCAACAUGCCACUCCAGCGGCUUCUUAUGCUCACAGCGCGAGCAGGAAGUGGUACAGUGAUGCUGACAUGCCCUCUGUGGCCAAGAGAGAUGGCUGCAAAGACAUCGCCUCUCAGCUCAUCUCCAACACCGACAUUGAUGUGAUUAUUGGUGGUGGCCGUAAGUACAUGACUCCUAAAGGCACAGAGGACCCUGAGUACCCCAUGGACCUGAAAUCAAGCGGCAAGAGAGAGGAUGAACGCAACCUCAUAAAUGAGUGGAUCACCAUGAAGGAGGGAAAGGUGGCUCGCUAUGUGUGGAAUAAGACGGAGUUUGAUGCGGUGGACCCCAAGACCACAGACUACCUGAUGGCUCUGUUUGAACCUAGUGAUCUGAGGUUCGAGGUGGAAAGAGACCCGCUAAUGGAUCCCUCCAUCAUAGAGAUGACUGAGAAAGCCAUCCGCAUCCUACAGAAGAACCCGAGAGGAUUCUUCCUGCUAGUGGAAGGUGGACGAAUUGAUCAGGGACAUCAUGCUAGUCGUGCUUCUAUGGCACUGCAUGAAACUGUCGCCCUUGACAACGCUGUUGCCCGGGCGCUGGAGCUGACCAGUGAGGAGGAGACACUGACCAUUGUCACUGCUGACCACUCUCAUUCUCUCUCGUUUAAUGGGUAUCCCUUCAGAGGCAACAGCAUUCUAGGUAAAUCUCCUGUUUUCGGGAUGGACAUGCUCCCAUAUACCACUUUGAUGUAUGGAAACGGCCCUGGACACAAAAUCAUGAACAACAAACGACCAGACAUCCGCAAAGUGGACACUAAGAGUAAGGACUAUGUGCAGCAGGCAGCAGCUCCUCUCGACUCGGAGACUCAUGGUGGCGAGGACGUGGCUGUGUUGGCUCGAGGCCCCAUGGCUCAUCUGUUCCAGGGCGUUAAUGAGCAGAGUUACAUUGCUCAUGCCAUGGCCUACGCAGCCUGCGUGGGAACCAAUCAGAACCACUGCUACACUGCACAGAACUCCACCCCCAACAUGCCCUGA